AUGGCCAAACAUCAGCUGCAACGGCUGCAAUCGCCUUCCCGGACAGCAUCUCUCUUGCUGCACGUUACCGGCAUCGUUUCGUUCCUAGCAUCCUUCAACUUCCUGAACGGACUCACUCAUGACAUCUCCAUGGGCUUCGGAGGGAAUUACCAGCACCUCACCAACAUCGGACUGAUCCUGUCGUUUGUGACGUUUGUGACGGGACUGCUGGCCGACAUCACCCUAAGCCCUUCAUUGUUCGCUGUGAAGAAUGCUCUGUCGACCACGGCAGCGCCGCUCGAGGUGCUCAUCAGCAUCUUAUACUGGGGAAUCCGCUCCAUCGAUAAGCGGUUGUUGAUUCCUGAGGGGUAUGAGCUUCACUGGCUACCGGAUGUUGGAUUCCACCUGGUCCCUGCUGUCGUCCUGUCUCUCGACCUCGUCCUGUUCAGCCCGCCAUGGACGAUUCGCGCGUACUCGGCCAUGGCAAUUAGCAUGAUUUUUGCUUUCCUGUACUGGGGCUGGGUUGAACUGUGCUUCAGCAGGAAUGGAUGGUACCCUUACCCUAUUUUCGCCGUUCUCAACACCGUACAGCGUGUGGGGUUAUUCACCUUCUCGGCGGUGCUGAUGACUGCAAGCACGAGUCUUUUGAAGUGGGUUUAUGGUCGUUUCAACGGCCACGGGAAAAUGGAAAAGGAGGCUUAUAAGCCCCUGAAAAAGACAAUCUAG